AUGCCAGCACGCAACUUCGACAACAAAACUUCUUCUAGGCCUGUUUCAUCACCAGCUACGACUCCUGAAGUGGUGAUUCCCAACGUUGAUUCAGCCGAUGGAUCAGUUGUUGUAGGUGAAGUAGGUGAAAACUCUGAUUCACCUGUUCUGCGGGGCAAGGAGGAAGAUUCGUCCAAUCAUGGAAGGCCAAUUAGUGAAGACACGUCUACAACAGCCGUUCAUUUCAGUACAAAUUGUAACAAUGAAUCUUCCAGUGAUAACCGGCCCAUAGCUAAGGGGACGGUUGUUGCUUCUUACAACGUGAGGAGGGCACCCCGAUUUGUGAGACGCACUCAGCCAAGUGAAAGCCAAGGCUUGGUUCAACUUCAGUUGGAUGAGUCUGAUUCCAAACUCCAUUUGGAUGAGUUUGAUUCAAAACUCUGUCUAAUUAUUCUAUUGCAAUAUCAUGAUCUUCUUCAUCAAUCACUUAUCAAUCAUCAGUUUCAAUUCCAUCAAAAGAUGAAAUCUGCUCAUGAUGCUUAG